CUACCGAGCCAUUUCUGUUUGGUUUUAUCCACUUCUGUUUUCAGUACUUUUUUUUCUUCUUUCGUUUCUCUCUCCUAGGGUUUCGCAUUCUCUCUCUACAUUUCUCUUAUUCCUCUUCUCAACCAACGUUAAUGGCUGAGGAGGUUCAGAAUGGAGGAGCUGAGCACCAAGUCUCGAAGGCGGUGACCUUCUCGGCGAUGAAGCCUCAGCUGUUCGUGGAAGCACCGAAGGCCAACGACGCUGUAGAGUUCUACAAGGCCGCGUUUGGAGCGGAGGAGGUGAAACGUACCAUGCACCCCAAGAGGAAGGCAGAGCAGGAGCUCCCUCUCGUCCUCUCUGCUGAACUGAAGCUAGGUUCCUCUUCCAUUCUCGUCUCUGAUCUCGCUGAUGACUCUUCUGCUCCGGUCAAGACUCCUGGAGCUGGAUUCGUGAUGUGCUUGGAGACUGAGAACGUGGAAGGCGCUGUGGCGAAGGCCGUUAGCGCUGGUGCUGUCUCUGAGGGUGAAGUCGUGGAAGGUGAUGGCGCGGGCUGCGGCGGGCGCGUCGGGAAAGUGAAGGAUCCCUACGGCAACAUCUGGCUUAUUUGCUCUCCCGCUAAGAAGUGUGCUGAGGUGGAGGCUUAGAUGUCGUCCGAUCUCAACCAUUUAUCAUUUACUGUUUAGUAUGUUUUUGUUUGUCUCUAAUCGGAUGCUAAAAUGACAGUAGUAACUUGGAAUACAGAUCAUGUUGGUUUGGUGAUUUUGGAAAGUAACAUCGAUUAUCUUCAACCGACAGCUGGCAGUCAUUGACUCUAAUAUCAUGUGUUGUUUGAA